UUUCUGUGUUUUUAGUAUAAUUUGUGUAUUACAUGAUGGCUGAAAAAUGUAAGGAAUGUGGCUGCAAAUGUGUGAGCUGCAAUCAAAAUGAUGGUCAACAUGGAGAAAUGCAUUUGCAUGUCGAAAUAGAAAAUUUACGCCAAAGUUUAAUGGAAAGAGAUAAUCAUAUUGUAACAAUGGAGACUCACUUUCUGAACGAAGCUGAUAAGUUUCCAAAUGGAGAAUUAGCCUCUAUGAAGGAAGAACUUUUAAUUUGGCAAGAAAAGUAUUCAAGAUUAUAUGACGCUCAUAAACGUGUUCAAAAAGUAAAUCAAAAUCUGGAAGAUAAACUGUUAAGGAUUGUAGAUAAAUGUGAAACAGAAAAAAGUGCAUUUACUAAGGAUAUUGCAACUUUAUCUCAUAGAUUAGCUGAUGCAAACUAUACUAUACAUCGUUUAACCCAAGAUAAUGAAAAAUAUAGAAAUGAUGUAAACUUGGCAAUACAACUUCUACAGUGUAAGCCUUCUAACUUUGUUGGACAAAAGUAUGAUUCGUUACCCUCCGAGGUACAAGCCAAAGUCAGGACAUAUAUUGCACAAAAGAAGUGUUCCAAUGAUACUGCACCUCCGGAUGUAAAAAGUAUUACAGUACCAAUUUCUACAUUUCCUCCAACAGCGAUGGUAUAUAAUAUAACUAAGCCUACAGCUGAAAACAAUAGUGACGAUGAGACAGAUGAAUCUAAGCCACCAGUAGAUAUCGUUUCGGCAGCGAUAAUGGCUAAAGUUUUAGAAGAUCGUGAGAAAGAAAGAGUACUUGGCAAGCAUUGUGACACAUGUACUUGUCACAGAAGUAUUUUAAUGGUCGAUGCUGAAACUCAAACUAAUACGCCGAAUGUUGUUUCUUGUAACGAAUGUACAAUGAAGUAUACACAGUGUCUGGACAAACAUUCUGAUACUAUGAAAAAUAUUGACAAAAAUUGCCAAAAUAAAGGAAGUCAAAAUUCUUUGGUACAUGUAGUUUAUCAUGAGGGAAAUGAAAGUGUUAGUAGUAAAGUACAAUAUCAGAACAAUUGUACAAAGAAUACUAAUCACCAACAGUUAUGUACAAGAGAUAAAUUUGUAAGUAGAAAUGGUAAAAUUAUAGACAGUUUAAAAGAGGAUGGCCGUGUAAAUGUUAAUACGAAAGUUAAUUUUAAUAAAAAAAACUCACUACGUCGUAACGAUCCAUCACACCAAAGUGUAUUUCAAAAUCAGAAUGAAAAUGGGACUAAGCAAGCAAUACCACAAAAAACAGGUGAUACAUGCGUUAACAGUAAAAUAAAUACAGAUAAAGGAAAACAAGGAAAGCUGAAUAAAAAGUACGAAUUACAAAUCGAUGACAAAUUCAAUUCAAAUUCGUGGAAUAAAUUGGAUAAGAAAUCUUCCAAUUGUAGUCAGAUAGUUCCUGAAAAUUAUAAAAAUUAUUUAAGUAAAACAGAACAGAGUCACAUUGACAUCAUUAACGAUAGAUUAUGGAAAAAUGAGUGGACGAAAUUAAAAUCACAGUCUAAUACGAAAGAGAACAAAGACAAAGUAAACAGCGAUAUCGAGAUCGAUAUAAUUAACGAUAGGGCCUGGAAAAGUGAUAGAUCAACACAAAAUUCUUCUCAUCCAGCGCAAUUAACUUUAAUAGAAGUCAAGAAUAUUGACAAUGUUACACACCAAAAUGAUUCGGGGCAGAUGGAAGUGGCCACUAGUCCAAGUUUUAGUAGCGAUAGUAUUGUAAUUUCAACUUCCGAUCCUUCCAGUAGUUCUAGUGACGUCGUUCAAUCAACUGGGAUACGUUUGCAUAAUACUGCUAACUCGAAACCUAAUAGUCAAAACAGAGUAACUGGUCCAAGGAAUUGUCUCGUAAGAGUAACACCUGGAUCGAAAAAUAUUCUGUUAGAUAAUGCUGGACAUUAUAAAACUGUAUUAUACACUAGUGGAAAUAGUAAACCAAAUACUGCUUUAGUUCAUUCGAAAAAAUUGUCUCGCUCUGGAUCUGAAAGAUCAAUCUCAACAAGUAGCGAAGAGAGCACCCCGAUGUUACUACAUGACAAUAACCAAUUACAAAGAGUAGCUGAAUGGGUUCAAUCUUCAGUUCACAUGGAUAAUUCUGGGUCAAACUGUACGGAAUUAAAACCUAGCGAAAACCUGAUCGAUAAAAGUUCUUCGUUAACGUAUUUAAACGAGUCACAAACCAAGUCCAAAUCGGUCGAAAACGACCGAGAACUAUAUAACGAUUCUCCAGAAAGUAAAUGCAAGAACUUGGCCGCGAAUGUUGAAGAGUUUGGAGAAGGAAAUUUAAACAAUGAUGUAAAUAAUUUUUCACCGAAUGUAAAUAACGCUGAUUUAGAUAAAGAGAAAGAUUUAAUAUCUUUCGAUGUUCCAACCGAAGAGAAGAAAGUUUUGGUCAAAACUUUCAAGAAGGCAGUCACUGGGGAUAUCGAUUACGAGGUCAAGAUCACUAAAGAAAUGGAAGAAACUUAUUUAAAACUUGCAGCGAGUUUAGAUCCUGUCGCGUUAAGUUUAUCAAACACGGAUAAUGCGGAUAUAACGAUCGAAAAAUAUAGGAAAGAUCAUAAGAGAAUUCAAAGGAGUCACGAUAAAGCGGGAUCAAAAGUGUAAAGUAUUCCAGCAGAUAUUUCAAUCAAAUUAUUACUAUUUCAGCAGGGAGUUCCUUUAAAAAUAACAGAGCAUUAUUUUUUGUAACUAUGUGAAACUAAGGCUGUACCAAGAACAGUAGCUUAGGGUAAAACAUUCUAUACACCACUGCAGAUAUAGAAUUAUAUUUAUUUAAUUUGUAUAGUUGACAGUA